AUGAGGUGGCGCUGGGGGCUGCUGGUGGUGCUCGCGGCUGCCGUCGCUGGCAAGGGCAAGAAGCACAAGCAUCAUAAGCCUGGUCGCGCCGUACUAGACCGACUUAGCAGCACCACAUUAACUGAGGUGUCAGCGGAGAGCUCAGGCGGCGCAGAUGUCGCAAGCAGAGGCGGGCUGCUGCCGGCACCGCUCGACGCCGCAGCGUACUCUGUAGUCGCCGCUAAUGCCACCUGCGGGGACAACGGACCCGAGGACUACUGCCGGGACACACCGGGAAAACGAGGCUUGGUGUGCGACGUCUGCGAGGGUGUGGAUGGGUCAUCAGCGCGACGGCAUCCGGCGGCGCUCGCGUUAGACGGAGACCCCACCACAUGGUGGCAGAGCCCCACGCACGCUGGCGGUCAGGAGUUCAGCCAUGUCGAGCUCGUUGCCACAUUGCCUGCUAAAAUGGAGCUCUUACACGUCAUUGUAAAGUCCGGACCAUCGCCGAGACCGUUAGCCUGGUCUUUAGAGAUUUCACCAUCAGAAGAGGGCGACGAAUGGCACAUGGUGCGGGCGUUUGGAGACCGGGAGCACUGCAAGAGACUGUGGGAUUUGAGACCAGAGCGAAGGAGAAGAAAGGCCAGAGGGGUUAAGAGGAUGAGCAGGUCGGAGAAACCAACAUGCUCUACGCAGUUCGCCAGUCCAAGACCACUGGAAAACGGAGAAAUGCACGUGGGCAUAGGCGAGGGCGUGGCGGCACGACGCGUGCGCCUAUCGCUUCGAGCCGCGCACGCCGGGCCCGCGCGCCAGCAGUACUACACGGUGCGCGAGCUCACCCUGGCCGCGCGUUGCCUCUGCCACGGACACGCCGACCACUGCAAUGUCGAUACUGAGGGUGCGCAGUGCGUGUGCUCACACGGUGCGUGCGGCGUACACUGCGAACGGUGCUGCGCGGGCGGUGCGUGGCGGCCUAGCGUGUCGUGCGACAUGCUCGUCGAGCCCGCAGCCACUGACUGCUCGUGCGGCCAGCGCGGCAACUGUUCCUACGAUGAUACCGGAGCUAUACUCUGCGUUAAUUGCACGGACAACCGCGCUGGGCCGCUGUGUGACCGCUGCUUGGAGGGCUACUACAGCGCGUUGCCCGACGGGCCCUGCGUGCCCUGCGAGUGCGACCCGGAGGGCUCCGACGGGUCUUGCAAGUGGGACAAAAAGCAGCACCAUGCGGUGUGCAAGUGUCGUCUGGGGUACAGGGGCGCACAGUGCGACUCCUGCGUAGAUCCCGAGGCCACCUUUCCCGGUUGUGUGACGGAGGUGACCACGCCCGCCUGCAAGUGCGACCCCAGGGGCAUCGUCGACUCCACUCGGAUCUGUGACGAAGUUUGCAACUGCAAAGCGAACGUGAUAGGUGAGAGGUGCGACACGUGUGCGCCGGGGCACUAUGGGCUGAGCGCGGCGCUGUCGGCCGGCUGCCGUCCCUGCUACUGCUCGCACGUCGCCGACACCUGCGGUGCCGACAGGGAACCUGGCCGGGACAUGGUGCUGCCCCUGGGAGACGCUUGGCUCAUCAGUGACCUGGAUGCUAAAGAAACAUACGAACCCUCAGUCGACGAACAGGGGAAGCCAUUUCUUAUUACUUAUGAAAUAGAAGGUUGGGAGAAUUACUAUUGGCUGACGAAUACGUUCAACGGCGAGCAACUUUCAACUUAUGGCGGAGAUAUCAGGGCUACUAUAUUCUGGGGCGUGGCGCGCGGAGACACCGGGGGAAGCCCUACAACGGGCCCCGAUGUCAUACUUGUCUCUGCAGAUGGCACUAGACUAACGUACAGCAACAGCAGCCACGAGGAGCCGGGCCGGCUGGACCUUGCAGCGGCGCUGACGGAGGGUAGCUGGCGCUCGGAGUUGGGCGACACGGCCGAGCGCGCCGACCUCCUCGAUGUGCUCAGCGACGUGCAUGCUCUUAUGAUCCGAGCACACUUCCACAACGACCAGGACGAGAUCCGUCUGGAGGGUGUAGAAGUGCGUGGUGCGGCGAGUGGGGUGCGCGAGCGAUGUGCGUGCCCGCCGGGCUACGCCGGCGCUCACUGCGAACUCUGCACGUGGACGCACGCACGACUCCGGCGCGCACCCGGUUCCCGCCCCGCCUUCGAGUGCGUGCCCUGCCCGUGCAACGGACACGCCGGGUGUCGCACUGUGGAUGGACCUUGCGGACAGUGCCAGCAUAACACUACAGGACUGCAUUGUGAGCGAUGUUUGCCUGGACACUACGGCAACCCUGUUCAGGGCGCGUGCAAACCGUGCGCGUGUCCGCUGUACCUGCCCUCCAACAACUUCAGCCCCAACUGCGCACUGGCGUCCGCCGAAGGCGACGACUUUGUAUGCACGCAAUGCCCUGAUGGAUAUACUGGAGACCAUUGUGAACUUUGCGACGUGGGAUACUGGGGCUCGCCGACGACGCCGGGCGGGACGUGCCGCGCGUGCGAGUGCGGUGGAGCGCCGUGCCGCGCUGACACCGGUCGCUGCCUCGUAUGCCCGCCGCACACGGAGGGCGCGCGCUGCGAUCAGUGUCAGGAAGGCUACUGGUUUGGCGGUGAAGGAGAGCAGUGCGUACCGUGCGCGUGCGGGCGCGGCGCACUAUCAGCCGCGUGCGAUGUGCGUACCGGCCGCUGCGCAUGCGCGCCUGGUUGGACGGGACGUGCCUGCGAUGAGUGCGCCCAUAUGCACGGCGAUAUUGUGGCGGGUUGCCCGGCGUGCCGCUGUGGACUGGCAGCGCUGUCGGCGGCUUGCGAGCCUCACUCCGGGGAGUGCGCGUGCGCGGCAGGCGCCGCACCACCACACUGUGACACCUGCCUGCCCGCGCACUACGCGCUCAGCGAGACCGGCUGCCUCGGUUGCAACUGUUCCUUACUGGGUGCGGAGGGCAACGCGUGCGACAUCCGCACCGGCCAGUGCCGCUGUCGGCCGCACGUCACAGGCCGCGCGUGUGACACCUGCGAGGAAGGGUACUGGGGUUUGGAGGUGGGCGGGUGCCGGCGCUGCGCAUGCGGCGCGGGUGCGGCGGCCUGCGACCCCGCCACGGGCGCCUGCGCUUGCGCGCGGGGAGCAGGCGGCGCGCGCUGUGACCACUGCCUGCCCGGAUACUACGGCUUCGGACCCGCGGGAUGCUUGCCGUGUCCGACGUGUUCUGCGGGUAAAGUGUGCUCGAGCGCGAGCGGGCGCUGUGUGUGCCCGGCGCGCACCCGCGGGCCUGCCUGCGCGCAAUGCGCGCGUGGCUAUUGGGGCCGUGCACACGGAUGCCCUCCCUGCGCUUGUGGACCCGGCUCCCUCUCAUCGAGCUGCGACCCGGUGUCGGGCCAGUGCGAGUGCCGGGCGGGCUGGAGCGGGCGGUCGUGUGACCGAUGCGCGGCGGGCCACUUCGGGCCGCGCUGCAAGUCCUGCGCAUGCGCGGUGGCCGGCACGCGCGGCUGUAAGGACGGUAUCUGCCCUUGCGAUGAUCACGGACGUUGCCUUUGUAAGGAGAACGUGGUUGGCGAUAAGUGCGAUAGAUGCUUAGAGGGUACAUUCGGCCUGGCGGAAGAGAACCCGUCCGGCUGCACCGCCUGCUUCUGCUUCGGGCGCAGCGCGCAGUGCACGCAGGCGGCCGUCACUCGCGCCGCUCUGCACGCACCCGCCCCUCUCCACCUCACGCUCGUGCCCGCCGAGACACGUGCUUCUAUAGACCAGGAGUCGCUGUUAGCGGUGCACACGCGGUUUCCCGACGCCACUAUAGCGGUGCCCCGGACGCCGGUGCCGGUGUACGUGGAGCUGGGACCGCUGUUUUUAGGCGACCGCGUUAUGUCGUAUGGUGGUGCGCUGCGGUUCACCGUCGAGGAGGAGGGCGGGGAGCAGCUCUCAACAGAACUCUUGGACAGGUUCCCGCUCGUUAGGCUUUAUGGACGCAAUCUCGUCUUGGAUUAUUAUGAACGCGUGCCGGCAGUGAACGGCACGCACGCGGUGUGGCUGCACGAGUCGCUGUGGCGCGUGCGCGGGCAGGGCGCGGCGUCGCGCGGCGCGCUCAUGCUGGUGCUGCAGCGCCUAACGCGUGUGCAACUACGCGUCUCCACGCGCGCGCCAACAAACACUGACCCCGUUCAUGUACUGGUACUGAAGGUGUCCUUGGAGACGGCGGUGCCGGGGUUGAGCCGAGGAGCACCGGCUCUGGGCGUGGAGCGUUGUGCGUGCCCGCGACCGUACGCCGACGCGUCCUGCCAGCGCCCCGCCGCAGGUUUCUGGCUGCCGCCCGCAGACGCAAGCACCGCCAACGUCGCCGGCACCAUCGUCAUCAACGUCGACGCCGUCGCUCAGCCCUGCGACUGCAACGGGCGCUCCGCCACCUGCCACCCCGAUACUGGACAUUGCUUGAAUUGCACGGAGGGCACGGAGGGGCCACGGUGCGAGCGCUGCGCAGCAGGCUACUACGGCGCGCCGGACGCCGCGGGUGGCUGCCAACCCUGCGCCUGCCCCACCGUCGCCAGGAACUUCGCCAGCGCCUGCGCUCUCAUCGGCGGUGCGCUCAGGUGUCGCUGCAUGCCUGGAUACACGGGAGCGCGGUGCGAGAUUUGUGCGGCAGGAUACAGACGGGCCGUGGGAGGCAAAUGCACGGCGUGCGGCUGCGACGUGCGCGGCGCGCUAGCGGCCCGCUGCGACGCGCGCGCUCAGUGCCGCUGCCGCCCGCAAGUGCUCGGCGACCGCUGCGACCGCUGCGAGCUCCCCAGACACUAUCUCGACGAGGACGGAUGCAAACCUUGCGAUAACUGCACACAGACCCUGCUGGAUGACAUGUCCCAGCUGGCGGGCUCGCUGACCGCACGCGUCGAUCUCAACGAGCUGAGCAGGAUUCCGCAGCCUUUCCCCGCCCUCCGGGAGUUCGCUCUCGACGCCACCUCGCUACGUAAUUCUCUCUACGACGUCAAGAGAGACAUAGAACAUUCGAGAAACUUCGAAAAUUGGAUCAGUGAAAUGGAGAGGAUGGAACACGACGCUUUCAGAACAAUCAAUAAGGUGAAAUUCGAAGCGGGUAAAAGAGAAAAGGAAGCGCAAUACAUCAGCUUGGAGAGCAUGAGCUGGCUGGAAGAGGUGCUGAAGCAGAGGCGGAUGCUGGCGGAGCAGGUCGCCGCGCUAGACGAGUUCGCCCGGGGGGAGAAACAUUUGAGCGCUCAUAGAGCUAUCAAAGAAGCGAGACAUCUGUUAAAGAAUAUAAGAGAAAUAACACUUUCCGAUUACAUGACUGGAGCUAGUGACGUUUCCGAUUCGGUUAAUCUGCAAUCAACGUCGGUACACGAGUACGAGUACCGGAUAGAGGACAUGUGGCGGCGCGUGCGGCGGUUGCGGGCAGCGCUGGAGCAGUGGGAGCGGCGCGCGGAGGAGCUGCCGCGGCUGGCCAACGUCGUCUUCUCCGCGGGGGAUGCCGUCGCCGAGCUGAGAAAGCGGGUCACGCCAAAACUCGCUCACAUUAGGGAUGUGGGCUUGCGGUGUCGUCUCGUAUUAGAAGACAUAUCCAACCUCUCGACGGACAACAUGACCGAUGAUGCGAGGUCGUUGCUGCUGCAAACCCACAACCUGGCCGUGGGGUUCCCCGGCCUGCUUCGACAGCUGUCGACCCUUACUGCGGCCGCAGAGGAGAAGGAGGGCAUCCUCUACAGCCUUACGCCCGCCUAUAAGGAAAAGUAUCUGCAGCCGGUCGAAAAACAUGCCGCCGAAUUGAAGAGGAAAGCUAAAGAGUACAAAAAUUUAUUCGCAGGCACGCGCGCGCUGGCGGCAGGCGGCGUGCGGGCGGCGCGCGCCUGGGCCGAGGUGGCGGACGCACUGCAGGCGGCCGCCGCAGCUGCCAAUGCCGCCACAGGCGCCGCCGACACCGCCGGCAAGCUGGCGCGCGGACCCAACCCUCUCGUUGACACCGCGCAGAACCAGUUGCGGGCCUCGGAGCUCUUGAAGGCCAAGGGAGCCGCCGUUCUGGCCAGAGCCGAUGAGUUACGCAAGCAGCUGGAGGGCGCGCAACGGGGAGUGGACGUGGUCAGCGUGGAGCUGCGCGCGCUCGGAUGGAAGGAGCGCGCGCUCGCCGGCGGACAGACUGACAGCAACGCAGUGCGCGAGGAGCUGUCACGUGCGGGCGUGCAGGCGGACCGCGUGUUUGUUCGAGCGCGCGCGCUGUACGACGAGGCGGCGGAGCUGCGGCGGCGUGCGCGCUACCAGCUCCGGCGGCGACUGGCAGACCUGCAGCGGCUCGGCGACACCGCGCUCGGCGCCGCGCAGGAACACGUAUCGCAGAUCAGCGGCAACACGGUGCGCGGCGCCGAGGUGGCGGAGGCGCUGAGCGCGGCGGCGGAGGCACGCGCUCGCGAACACGCGGCCGCCGCGCACACGCUCGACCCCGCGUUCGCUACGUUGCGACACAACAUCGCCCGCGCCAAAGACGCCGCCGCUUCCAUCUCUGUAUCGGUGACGUCGCCGGGCGCGGGGACGGGAGCGGGCGCGGGGUGUGCGCGCGCGUUCUCAGUGUCGGGCGGCGGCGGCGUAACGCGGCUGGCACUCGCCGUCUCCUUCGACCGCGUCGUCAGAAACGGCACGCUGCUGCUGCUGCAAGACCUGGAAGGCGAGAAAUACUUGAAGAUGUACGUGCAGAAUGAGCGACUGCUGGUGUCGUGGGAUGUGGGCAUGGGCCGCGGCAUGCUGGCCCACCCCCGCCCGCUGCGACCCACGCAUGACGACGCCGAUCAUCUCUCCUAUCGCAUUGAAAUAGAAAGAGUGUGGAGCACGGUGCGGUUGAAAGUGGAGAGCACGGGCGAGCCCGGUAUAGUGAGCUCCAACAGCACGGAAAGCGUGGAGGCAAAUGAGAGAAAUGAGGCUGGCGAGUCGGGCGCGCUGGAGGCGGGCACGCUGUGGCUGGGAGAGGCGGGCGCCCCGCUGCCGGGAUGCGUGCAUGCGCUGCACGAAGACGACCGCGAGCUGGGCCUCUGGGCCUUCGCGCACCAGCCGGAAACCGCACACUGUGUCGCCUGCACUCAUAGAUGGUACAACGCGGGCGCUGCGGGUGGUGCGGGUGUUGCGGGCGGCGCGGGCUCGCCUGCGCUAACGUGGUUUGGGGGCGCGGGGUACGCGGAGCUGCGGCGUGCCGGCCUGCGCCCCGCCGACCGCAGGCACUUCAGCCUCUCCUUCACUUUCCGCACGCGCGAUGAAAACGCGCUUCUCUUCAUGGCGCUCGAUGAAGCUAAUAACCGGUCGGUGUCAGUGGAGCUGGUGUCAUGCCGCGUCACGUUCCGCGUAGCUUACCGAAGCGCGCGGCUGGAGAUCACGGCGCGCGGCCGCCACUGCGACGGCCGGCCCGCGCACGUGCAGGCCAUACGAGUCUUCGCCGCCAACAAGCUCGAGAAAGGCAGCCUGCGCGUGAACGGCGAGGAAACGCUGGGCUCCCCGUCCCCACCGGUGCAGGCGCCCGCCGACCUGCCGGAGCCUGGCGCGCGCUUCUUCGUGGGCGGAGCGCCGCCAGGUGCGGGAGUGGCCGCGUCUGCGCUACUUGGCUGCCUCGGCGCCCUCACCGUGGACCGCCAGGGCUACGACCUCAUGGAUACACCGAACCGCCGCGGACUAGAGAGGUCCUGUGCUACACGAACGCUGCGGUCGGCGAUUCUUGAUGGCGAGGGCUACAUCGAGGUUGGGGCUCCGGCGUUGCGGCGGCGCGCGGCGCUCGCGCUAUCGGUACGCACGCGCAGCCCCGCCGCGCUGCUGCUGUGGCGCGCGCCCGCCGGCCCCGCCUCACACCCCGACGACGCAGAGGACACCGACGGCGACGACAAUCACUACCUCGCCAUCGCACUUGUCGAAGGCGAAGUGUUGAUAGUGGCGGCGGCGGGGCGUGGCGAAUUGCGGCGGCGCUACAACGGUACGCGGCUUCACGACGGAGCCCGGCACACCAUCCGCCUCCAGCGGGCGCACAAACAACUAGAGGUGUGGGUGGACGAUCGUAAGCUGGACUCUGCGCCACUGGCGGGCGGCGGGCUGCCGGCUCGGCCCCGCGGCCUCUUUCUGGGCGGCGUGCCUCCCGCUCUGCGCCUGCCCAACGCGCUGCCCACGGGACUGCCCACUGCUGGACUGGCAGGGACCAUUGAGGACUUUAUUGUCGACUCACAGCUCAUAGGUUUGGAGAGCGCAGUGCAGGCGGCUGGGGCGCGACUGGGACGUGGCGCCCGGGGAGAGGCCAGGCCCGCGCGCCCUCACGACCUGCUCUCGCAGCCCGACGCCGCGCACUGCUCCAAGACAUCUUCGUACACGGUGGAGGCGGGCGCGGCCAAGUUCGGCGACGUGUCCGGCAGCUACGCCACGCUGCGGCUGCCGGCGCGCGGGGAGCGGGAGCUGCUGCUCGCGCUGCACUUCCGCACCUUCGCACCCGACGGCCUCCUGCUGCUGCUGCCUGGCUCAAAAGCGAAACCAAAGCACUACCUGGCACUGCUGGUGCGCGAGGGCAAGCUGAAGCUGAUCGUGCGCGGCCGGCGGCGCCGCGAGCUCGCCCUCGCCGCUCACGUUGCCGACGGCACCUGGCGAGCGGUGUCGGUGCGCGUGGGGCGUUCGCGGCUGGUGCUGGAGAGCGGUGGGGCUGCGGCCACGGCCCGCGCGCCGCCGCUCGCCCGCGCCGCUCGUCUCUACGUCGGCGGCCUGCCCUCGCCCGAGGCUAUGCCCCACUUACCCAAUAACAUCAUCCGAGCGGGCGGGUUCGUGGGGUGCGUGCGGCGCGUGGCGGUGAACGGGCGCGCCGAGGACCUGGUUCGAGACGCGCAGUCGCACCGCGGACUCGGACAGUGCUUCCCCAGCAUCGAGCAGGGGGCCUACUUCGCCGGUGACGCGCACGCGCUGUGGUCGCGGCGCUGGUGGCGGGAGGACAUGGACUCUGCGGAGCUACGUCUAGAGUUCCGCACGAGCGCGCCCAGCGGCCUGCUCGCCGCCGCCGCGCAAUUCGUACUCGAGAUCAAAGACGGCGCCGUGGUGUUGAGUGUGGGGUCUGCGCGCACGGAGACGCGCGGCGCGGGCGGGCGCGCGGUGUGCGACGGCGCGUGGCACACUGUGCGCGCGCACAUCUGGCACGCCGCGGCCCUGCUCGCGCUCGACGGCGGGCCCGAGCUGCGUGCGACCACCUUGCUGCCCGCGGACCUCUCCGCACCGUUGUACCUGGCCGGAUUACCAGAGGGCGCGUUAGACACGUCGGAGGGGCGCGAGAACUUCAAGGGGUGCGUGCGCGGGGUGAGCGUGGCGGGGGAGGCGCGCGACUGGCGCCACUUGGAGGCGCUGCACAACGUGCUGCUGGACUCCUGCCCCGUGCCCACGUGACGGCGCCGCGCACGCAGCGGGCUCUACACUCCUGCCUGUCCCACGUGACACAUACUUAUUGAAAAUCGUAUCUGGGAUCGAUGGACUGAUCCCUCAGAUAUAAAGAAGUUUUAUUUUAGAAAGUUCUUCGAAAUAAAAUAUUAUGAUACUGAAUAGGAAACCUACAACAGAGAUAUCGGGUUUGUAACAGAGUGCCUUAUUACUAUAAAAUUUGAAAUAAUAUCGUGCCAUAAGUUUGAAAUGAUUUGAUGAAGUUUGAAGAACUUUGAGGGAGCAUUUAUUUAAAGUAAAAUAGAAUGUUAUAAAAAUAAUAAAAGCCUCUGCGUUAUAAGUACAAAUCUAAAGAUAUUAGUGUUAUUUUUAGCAGCAAAUCUAAACGCUGAGAUAUGGUAGUUCUAAAACAAAAACUUAAAUACAAAGAAAUAAAAUUUAUUCAAUUUGUACUUACUUAUUAAUUUUUAAGUAACUGAUUGUUUUUGAAGCCAUUACUUGCCAUGGAUGCUCUUAAGAGCAACAUGCUCUAAUAGUUUAAAUGCAGAAGUCGACUAGUCCGUCAUGAAAUAAUAUAAACAAAGGAAAUAGAGCUGUAUCAGCUAGUUAUGUAGGAUCCCAGAGGCUAAGCUAGAGGCUAAUAUUGUAAAUAACUAUUAUAUAACAUUACAUAAGUGUCAGCAACACGCAAUACUCAUGUACAUAAAGUACUUAAUGUUUGAGCAACCAGUAUUCUUAAAGUUUACGAUAACUUGUAAAUAAGUUUGUGUUUAUAACAUAAGUUUAAUAUUGUAUUUGACCAAACACAGAUGAGAGUUUGAAAUGUAUUUACUUU